AUGCAGAUUACCACGUGGUCAUUUUUAGUUUUUCUUAUGGGGCUGCUUUCUAGAGGAACAACACAAGUUUCAGCUAUAAGAAUAUGGUCAUCAUCAGCAAUAUUAUCUUCAUCAAAGCCUGGUUGUCCAGAAAGAUGCGGUAAUUUAACCAUUCCUUAUCCAUUUGGAAUAGGAAAAGGGUGCUACUUCAACAAACAGUUUGAAGUGAGCUGCAAUAACAACACUGCUUUUAGUCGUGGUCUUGAUGCGUUCUUGAAACACAUAUCAAUGGACUCCAUCACGGGUGUACUUAAGUUUGGUCCUUCCCCCUACAACAAAUCAACUGGAAAGAACAUCUAUGAUGAUGCAUAUAGUUGGACAAACAGCGACAGUUAUUUCAGUAUUUCCAACAAGAACAAUUUAGUAGCCAUUGGGUGUGACAUUUAUGCUUACGUCAAGGAUUUAGACAUCAGUAGUGGAGAUAAUAUUAUAAGUGGAUGUGCUUCUUUCUGUGGCGACGCCACCAAAAAUGUUUCAUCUUCUUCGGCUUCAUCAUCUUAUUGCACUGGGAAUAAUGGUUGUUGUCAGUCUGCAUUUACAAAAAUACCAAGAUGGAUGAGUUUGUCUAUACAAACAAUGAACACGGAGAACACAUCGUGGACAUCUAGCAAUUGCACCUAUUUAUUGGUUGUAGAAAAGGGCAGUUCUGAGUCUGACAUCACUCAGUUACUUGGUAAGUGCAAAGUAAAUGAUUAUUAUGAAGGAAGGAUCGCGGUGGACUGGGUAAUUGACAAUGUUAGCUGUGACAAAGCCAUGAGAAAGCCAAAAUAUUAUGCAUGUGGAAGGAACAGUAGAUGUGUCGAUGACACUACUAGACCUGCUGAGGGAUACCGAUGCAAUUGCUCUCCUGGUUAUCAAGGCAACCCUUACCUCCCUCAUGGAUGCAAAGACAUCAACGAGUGUGCAAGUCCAAAAGGGAAUCGUUGUCCCAACAAUACUCGUUGUGUUAAUACGCCUGGCAGUUUCGUUUGUGAGCAAAAUAAGGUGAAACACAUGCUGGCUAAACAACUCUCCUUAGGUAUUGGAGCAGCACUUGCUUUUGUAAUCUUGGUAGCAAUUUGUCUCUGGCUACGCAAAUGGCUUCGGAAGAGGGAAGAAACCAAAGCUAAACAAAAGUUUUUCAAGAGGAAUGGUGGAUUGCUUUUGCAACAACGUAUUUCCUUAAAUGGAGAAAGUGGUGGUGGCACUUCGUCAAAGCUCUUUUUGAAAGAGGAGCUGGAGAAAGCAACAGACAAUUUCAAUGAAAUUCGAAUUCUUGGUAAAGGAGGGCUUGGGACUGUUUACAAAGGAAUGUUGUCAGAUGGAAGCAUUGUAGCUGUGAAGAAGUCCAAUGUAGUGGAUGAAAAUCAAAUUGAACAGUUUAUAAAUGAGAUACUCAUUCUCUCCCAAAUAAAUCACAGACACAUUGUCAAGGUACUUGGUUGCUGCUUAGAAACUCAAGUCCCAUUAUUAGUUUAUGAAUACAUCUCGAGCGGAACCUUGUCAUCCCAUAUUCAUGGAAACCUCAGUCACAAUUCAAACCCUACUGUCUCAAAGUCUGAGUUGGAUGAUCAGAUUGUUCCGCUUGCUCCACCCCCAGCUAUAAUAUUAUCAUGGGAUCACCGCUUACGAAUUGCUGCAGAAAUAGCAGGGGCACUUUCUUACAUGCACUCAUGUACUUCUACUCCCAUUCUUCACAGAGAUAUAAAAUCAAGCAACAUAUUACUAGAUGAUAAUUUCAGAACAGUGGUUUCUGAUUUUGGACUUUCGAGAUUAUUGUCUGUUGACAAGACUCAUUUAACAACAUUGGUAGGGGGUACACUUGGUUACAUAGAUCCAGAAUACUUCCGAUCAGGCCAACUUACAGACAAAUGUGAUGUCUAUGCCUUUGGUGUAAUUCUUGCAGAGCUUCUAACAAGUCAAAGAGUUGUCACUUCAAAUAAACCAGAAGAUCCAGGUUUGGUCAUUCGUUUCACAUCAUCACUGAAAGAAAAUCGUAUAAUUGAGAUUGUAGACCCUGAAAUUGUAAAAGAAGUUGAGGAUGAACAUAUGAUUCUUGCUGUGGCCAAGCUUGCCAAGAGAUGCUUAAAUUUUAAUGCAAGAAAAAGGCCAUCCAUGAAGGAGGUGGCAGCUGAACUUGACCAACUAGGAAAAAUGAGGCAAGAUAUGCCUCAUGCCAAGCGCUUUCAAGAUAACAUUUCACAAAAAAGUGAAAGUUCAUGUAGUCGUACGUCUGAUUGUACUGAAGAAGAUAAUCAGAACUCAAUGUCUCACAAUGCAAUGCAUUAAGACGGAAAGUGAAGUUUGUAACUUUUAUACCUUCAACCACUGGGGAGUGGUGAGUAGACUGGAAUGACAUAGUUUCAGCUUACCGAGGAUAUGACCUUAGAUACGAGGGUGUGAAGGUUGCGGAUUAGGGUAGAAGGUUAGGAGGUUGUGGAGUGUUUUCUUGCUUCCUCAUGGGUUUAGGCUUGGUGGUGUCUAUCGUAGUAUUAGCUUUAUUCUUGUAGUGCCUUGCUUUUAAUUUCUAUCACCAUUUGUUGUUUAUGGUGUUUCGGUUAUUGCACUCUUUUGUUGUUGU